GGCAAUUCAUGUCAGUGAGUUUGCAUCUUUCUUCCUGGUACAAGCUUUGGAGUGACUACAGCCUUGCAAAGGAUUUCUUGCAUCCCAUAACCACAUUGGAUGUUGACUUUUUACAACUGUUUCAUUUUUUUUCUAUUUCUAUCACAAUUUCUCUUAAGCAACCUCCUUCUUUUUCACAUGUUUGGGUUUGAGUGAUCAGCACUUAUAUGCUUUUUUUCCUGCUCUCUGUAAUCUCCACUGACUGUAACAACCAACACAAAACAUUUUAAAAAAAAGGGGACUGUGGAUCUAUUUAAGGAGGACAUCGCUCACGGAAUAUACAUAUUUUUUCUUGCAUAGCAAACAUGGAUGUUUUGGCUAGUUAUAGUAUAUUCCAGGAGCUCCAGAUUGUACAUGACACGGGCUACUUCUCAGCAAUGCCAUCCCUGGAGGAAAAUUGGCAGCAGACUUGCCUGGAACUGGAGCGGUAUUUGCAGACAGAACCUAAAAAGAUGUCAGAAACCUUUGGAGAAGAUUUGGACUGUUUUCUGAACACUUCCAUUGCUCAGGCUGUUGAUGGUACUGCCCGUAAGAUUGAUUCUAUUGUAAUUCCAGUGGAUAUUAGUGCAUAUGAAAAACGUCCAAGCAUGGAUGUUUUACUUUCACAAGACAAGCUACUCUCAGAGACGUGCGUCAGCCUACAGCCUGCUAGCUCUGCUACAGAAUGCUACACGUCUGUAAACCAAGCGCAGCUGAAUGCCGUGACGUCUCUAACACCGCCAUCAUCCCCAGAACUUAGCAGGCACCUUGUCAAAACACCACAGUCCCUUUCUGCUGUAGAUGGAACCGUGACCUUAAAACUAGUUGCAAAAAAGGCCUCGGUUAGCUUGGGGAAGGCUGCAGAGUCAGCAUCAACAGCUGUCACGUCAAAGUGUGGCCUGAGCGAUAGUGAACAGACUGGGGGCCCAGGAGAAGCUUCCCCUGAAAAUAAGAAAAGGGUCCAUCGCUGCCAGUUUAAUGGCUGCAGGAAAGUCUACACAAAGAGUUCACAUUUAAAAGCCCACCAGAGGACACACACAGGUGAGAAGCCAUACAAGUGCUCCUGGGAAGGGUGUGAGUGGCGUUUUGCUCGAAGUGAUGAGCUAACAAGGCACUACAGGAAGCACACAGGGGCAAAGCCAUUCAAAUGCAACCAUUGCGACAGGUGUUUUUCAAGGUCUGAUCACCUUGCCCUUCACAUGAAGAGACAUAUUUAAAGACAUUCAUAAUAAAGAUGGCAUCCCAGCCUUGAACAGACCAUGGAUUGCAGUUGGCACUCAUGGUUAUGCAGGAGAACACUGUCACAUGUAAAACUCUGUACACAAAAUCCAAAUCAAAUGUUCAUGCACCGUCACAUUCAUGCAUAUAACAUCUGUUUGUUCUGCCUUACCCCCAGCCUAAGUGAGAAAGGCAUGGAAGGAUGGAGAUUUGAAUGAUUGAGGAUCUACAAAAUCCUAAGCAGUUGUUUUUUGGGUGCUCUUAUAUGUCUCACCAAGGAAAUCAAGAGAACAAGACAUCUUUGCAAGCGAACAGUAGAUUUGGGAGGCUCUGAAGAACUCAAUUUAUUGCAUCUCAGAAGCUGCUAAAAUCCACUUUCGGGUUGCUUGUUGUAGCACUAAAUAUUUUGUUUUAAAACUUUAUGAGGUUAAAAAUGAUGGAUUUCGACUAGGAAACCAAAUCUCAGUCCAUGAGCCUUCUGCUUCAUGUGCGUGAAUCUGAAGACUAUUAAAAAAAUGUCCUAUUUCUAUUAGGAUCCGGCUACAUGGUCCUCUGUAGUUUUACCUGAAUAUGGAGCUUUUAAACCCCUUUUUAACUCAAUGCCAUAGGCCUUACUGGCAGUAAACAGGUGAAGUUCCAAGCAUGACCAAGGUUCUGCAAUAGUUUGGUCUAAAUUUAUACAGAACUCUUGAAUGGUAAAACAUUUAUAUCCCCUCAUUCCCUUAAUUUAUUUAUUUUGUACUUAUUUCGGCUGUGGCACACCUUAUGCACUAGUGACUUUUAAAGCCGCUAACACUGACUGAGUGGGAUCGAAAUGAUUAAAACCAGAGUGUCCUAACUACCAGUGUGCGCACUUCCAAAGGUUACAGACCUUACCCUUUUUGUUUUGUCACAGUAACCUUUUUACUUGUGUUUAAUUUAAACAGGCUCAAUGAGAAACAUUGUUCAUUUACAGUACACUCUCUCGUUGGACAUUUAUCUUAUUAAACUUCUUGCUCUCUGUCUGGACACUUUUAGCUUGGAUUGGACCAGCAAUUUAGACUUGACUUCUCAUGUCAAUGGGCUGUAAGCCGUCUCCAACUGAACUUUCCAAAAUUGUGCUUGAUUAGUGAUUUUUAAUCCUAACAAUAUAACUAGUUAGAAACUUGAUGUUAUUUCGAGAGCAGCUGCAUUUUUGUACUAAAUAUUUUGUUUCAGUGUCUAACACCAACAAAAAGCCAAAUAUAUAAAUCCAUACAACACUGGAUAUUGGAGGACACCUUAAAGUACAGUAAGUUGACUUUGCGGGAUUGACUCAUUAAUGAUCGACUACCUUGAAUACCAAGGUCAUUAUUAGGAUGCUCUUAAAUUAGUUAAGAGCUCAGAAAUCUGUAAACUUAGUGGAUAUCAUUUCCAUUGGUGAUUUUUUUACAGGGUUACAGUAAAAUAGCUGUAAGUUCAUUGUGAUCUCAUGUUAGUAAUAUCUUAGGGUCACAAAACAACUUUACGUACCUGUCAAAAUCAGUAAUUUUCUGAUAUUUUUAAAAUGGCCCGAAAUCCAUCACAAUCAGGAAAUUCAUGUACAUACUACUAUGCUGUCGCUAGUCUCUAGAGACUGCCAAUCGUAUCAUAUCAAGUGGUCAAUUCAAGUAGUUGUGGAGGGGGAUAGGUUGUCUAUUUUGUAUAUUUUGGGACCAUCCCUAAACAACUAGUAAAAUUGCACAUUUGGUCCCACUGUGUCCCUGAUGAACGCAGCUCUUUUAUCCCAGCCAACUAGCAUAUUUUUAACUUGUUUUGACUCCUUGACUGUUAAACAGAAAA